AUGCAACGAUUCUGCAUAUUAGCCUUUUUGGUGAGUUUUUGAUAAAUUUAAGAAAAAGGAUCGAUUUUUAUAUGAUUACAUGAUUUUUUUGUGAAAAAAAUUGAUGGGAAAUGUUUGAUCUAAUCUUAUUACACCUUUUAGUGUGAGAAAUGAAUCAAAGUGUUCCCCACCAGUUUUUUGAAAAAUUUUCCCGUUCCAAUUCAAUCGACUUUAUUUUUUUCGCAACAUCGGGAUGGUAUGGUGAUGUUGCAGGUGGAUUAACUAACCCCACCGUUUGAGCCAAAAAAUAUUUUUUUUACUAAAAAGAAAAUGUUUCUUUUUAAAAAUUUAUUUUCAACUUUAGGCCCUGUGCACAAUCAAUUUUGUGAGCACCGAAACGGAGGAACACAUCGAAUGCUGUAAGAAACGGAGUAAUUUUUUUAUACAAUACAAUUGCACGAUUUUAAAAUCUUCGAAACUCUUUUUUUAGCGUUUUGGUAGUUUGAUUAUAUUUGGGUUAACUAGGAAACGAAUGGGCCUCAUGGUCGGAAUGGUCAAAAUGCUCUUCGGACUGCGGUUAUUGCGGUCGAAAGAUACGAACUCGGUUGUGCAUAUCCAAGAUGUAUGGCUGUGAUUGGUGAGCUACCGUUUUCCUUUUCUCAUUCAGUUCUUGAAAAACUGCUCAAGACACAACUAGAAAGUCAGUGAUCACUAAAAAUGGGCCUUGUGAUACGGAAGUGGUACUGGAAGAGGUGUCAUUACUGGGAUUUCGGCUUAUUUCACUUCUCAACGAUUUUUUUCAAAACUCUCAGGGCCCUUUUGAAACCCUUGAUAACCCUAGUUUUGGAAGACUAAUAAAAAAUCAGAAUUUCGUCUGUCUUUUGGAGCAUGAAACAAUAGAAAAUAACAGGAGGUCAAUCUAGAAGUUACCACUAUCUCAAUCUUUGUUGGGUACAACCGAAAAGGCAUGUCUCUGUCAUUCAAAAGUGAAUCGGGAGGUCGAUGCAAGUAGGUGCCAAGUAGCAACUUGUUAGCUACUUUCAUGGUACCGGAAAGAUACGCUUGUUAGAAAUCGUACCCGGUAGCAUCACGAUACCUCUCCGGUAGUAUCCAGGUACCAUAGAGAUAGUACCCGGUCGCAUAAAACUGGUUACAAUAUGCUGAUUUACUUUAAAGCUUCUACUCGGUACCUACUUGUAUCAACCUCCCUAUUACCCAGUAAGCUCACCCAAUCGAAAACUCGCUGUGAAACAAGAAGAGCUUUCAGCGACGGACCAGGGACUCACAGAGAGAUCUGUCCCGAUAAAUCUUGUGAUGGGGAUCGGCCCUGCUGCAAAGGACACAACAAUGGGACCGGCUGCGCCGUCAUUAUGGUUUGAAUUUCGAAAUCGAGAAGCAUAGUUCAUUUUUUCCGACUUGGAAGGCGAGAUGGGUAGAUUGGCAAAGGUUGAGCGUUGCGUGUGCAGCGCGGUUUUUAGCGGGGACUUGAGUUAUCUCUGACAGAAGUGCAAUCUAGCCUUUUGCACUUCGGUGCGUAACUUGGGCCUGCACCGUGCAUUCUCAGUGAUUUUUUGAUGCCUCACUGGUGCCUCAUGCUGAAAGCACUGGUUUGACACCUAUGCACCCGUGUGGCACCAAAAAAUCACUGAGAAUGCACGGUGCAGGCCCAAGUUACGAAUCGAAGUGCAAUAAGCUAGACUGCACCGUGCGCCAUUCUGGCAGAGAAGUAUGAUUAAAAAAACUACAUUUUUCGUGUUUACAUCUGACCUCAAGGACCCCGCCUAAAAGCCAAAGGGUUCUGGAGAAGUUGGGAAAGGGUGAAGUCAGAACAACUCCGGCAUCGCAUCCCCAUCCCCUAUCUACCUACCUCGUCUUGCAUGACGGGAAAAAUUGACUAUAUUAGAAUCUUUCUAGGACUGUAAAGUCAAGCCGUACCACGAAGAGGAAAACGAUCACAACUCGCAUCACGAUCACAACUCCCACCGCGAUCACAACUCCCAUCAUGGGCACAGCUCCCACCGCGAUCACAAUUCUCAUCAGGAGCACCGUUCCCACCACGAGCAUCGCUCUCAUCAUGAGCCAAACCACUAUUCUCAUCAUAAAACCCCCAAAACUCAUAUACGUACAGAAAUGUGA